AUGGACACCCUGCAACUGAAGAAUCGUCUACCUGUGGAGGAGGAGGUUGAAAACUGGGACGAUGGCGACUUCAUGAUGGAAGGAGGGGACGACUUUGGUUUCCGCAGCCCUUCAGCAACCACCGCGCCAUCGCGACGUCGGGACUCUAACUCUUCGCACAUGUCGCUGCGCUCGGAACUUGAGUCAUGGGCGGAGGAAGAAGAAAACCAAGUCCACAUUCCAGGAGAUGACGAGAAGUCGACAAUGGAAGCUCUGUCGGCCGCGAAAGAUGCAGGCAUACCUCUACCAACAGGCAUAUCAGCAUCCGCACUGAUGGGAGGGACGAUCAAGCGACUGGGAGGUAGAAAGAUACGGAAGAUCACGCAGGAGGAUUGGGACAACGACCUUGAAAUCCCCGAUUCUGCGCAGGGCUUUAAGAUCAAAGCGCAGGACGACACGGCCUUCCCCGAAGUGCUACGACAGGUCAGUGGCGGCUCAGUUCAAGCGAGUCCCACGAAGCUGCCGGGGAGUACAGCAUCCCUAUCGGACAUCAUGACGAGGAGUCCCAGUCGUGCAAGCUCAGCUUCGCGAGGCGCACCGCUCAACUUGGACCAGUUCAAGGACAAUGAUGAGGAUGACUUUUUUGGCGACGGAUUGGCCACGGUCAAGGUCGCAAAACGGCCAGUCAUGAAGCCCAUCUCACUCAUCACCCCGCCCACACCACAGAAAGCUGCCGAAAUCCCCGCGGAAGACGACUUUGAGCAAGGUCUUGAGUUGCCCUCGGAUGGUACACUACAGCUCUCGCAACGGAGAGACAUUCCCAAAACCCCGCUUCCACAAUUUGAGGACCUGGAUUGGGGCGAGGGCAGCUUGGGGACUAGGUUUGGUGGUACGCGACGCGAUGGCAGGUCGAACAGGAGCUCAUCCACCUCUGCUCUGAGUCCCAGCGUAGCCAGUUCAGUCACUGCGGAGAGUGAAGAUGAGACCUUUGACGGAUUGGUACUUCCCACUGGACCUGUCAACUUUAACGACCGCCUCCAGCAACGACGUAAGAGCAAGUCUCCUGUGCGGGUACCUGAGGAGCCUUCGCCUCCGAAGACGAUGACUUCGACCCCAGCCGAGGCAGACAGGCCUGGGUUUCUCGAUGGCCUGGACAUUGGGGAUGGAGACAUGUUCAACUCGGGCAAGUUGACGCUGCAUCGCAACAUAAAACUGAAGGAAGCUCCCAGCAGCAGCCCUGCUCGGCCCAAGACGGCUGUUUCCCUAACAUUCACCAACAAGCCCUCAACAUCGACCCGCAUUCCCCGUUUACACGAGCGGGCACACUCAACCUCGCUAGAGCCCGUCUCUGAGAGUGGGGGCCCAAUUCCUCCACGGGCUCGCCCCUCCAAGUCUCUGCGCUCAUUCCGCCGCCAUGACUCUGACAACUCGAUCGAGCUCCGACCCAAGUCACGUUCUUUCUCUCGAGUCGGCAUGCGUUCGCCUAGUCCGCAGCGCUACCGAGUUGCUGCAGAUACUUGGGAACGCCUGAGUAAGCCUAAGAACCGACGACACUUUGGUGAUGGUCAUGAAUUGGACGCAUUUGAUGACCUGCCAACUUCUAAAGAAAACGAAACGCGCUUCAUGAAACAGCCGACAUCAGGCAACGGCAAGGCCACGCUGCGCAACAAAGCUUCUGACAGGAUGUCGACGCCAACGCCAACGCCAACGACACCUCAAGGACCAAGGCCAAUGCCUCAUUUUGCGCGUGAUACCACUGCUAGCCGCAUCGCGCGCGAGACUUCCCUGGCCCAUAGGUCCUCGGUCAGCAUCAGUGGACCACUAGCCCAGACGCAUGCGCAAAGAGGCACACCGUUGGCAAACAGAAGCAACCUGAAUACACCGCAUCUCGAACACCCUCAAUCUUUACGAGCCAAGAAAUCCAAGCGACCGGCACAGCAAAAGCCGCAUCUAAUCUCGAACCUGAAUGCUGACAAGGAAUCAAAAAUGGUGAACGGAAUGUUUUACAACCCCGAGACAUUUCGUUGGGAGGGCAACGAAAAUGCACUCAACAUCUUCGAAGCACCUUGCUCGACCCCAACUACAGCUACUACACCAGCGCCAAUGAACCAAGAGAAAGCCACGACAACACCGCGCCCUGCGCUAAUCACAAACAUCAGUGCCACUAAGGGAGUACAAGUCGUGAAUGGCAUGGUCUUUGAUCCUCAGAGCAUGUCUUGGCUCAAAAUUGGCAACCCACAGGCUGCGCGUUCGGAUACGAGUGAUACAUUCGACAAAUUCGAUGCCUUUGGGGACGAGGACGACGUCUUCAAGGACAUUCCGGACCUCGACGACAACACUAACGAUGCGAAGAGCGGCCAAGGCCGCGUGAGCGACGUCAACGAUGAGUGGCUUGUAGGCGAAGAAUUCGACGUUGGCCCAGAAUUCAUUCGCCGACAACGUGAGGAGGAGGAAAGAUGGCGCAAGAAGUGCGACAAAUGGGUCGGUCGGGGCAUGCGAGAUCGUGAAGCUUGGCGCUGGACCAUUCGCGAGCUCGUCUCCCAAUUCGACGACCUGCCCAUGUGA